UUUCCUGCUCGGGUUAGCCUCCCCUCUAUCGCCAUAUUGGGCACCGAAAAGCCUCCUGUUAUUUCUUCCUUUUACUACGACGCUGAAGUUGACAGGAGUGGCUGUCGUGAGUGUAUUUUGUUUUGAUGCACCGUAGGAGGAAUUCUCUCUCUCUCUCUCUCUCUCUCUCUCUCGCGUGCGUUUUUUUUGUUUCCGCUCGGAGCUGCUCGGGGGCUUUAAAGUGUGUCUCCUGCGUGGCAUGCGCGCGCUCGGUGCCACUGGGGUUUUGACGCCUGUUGUUUUGGUUCCAGGAGAAAACUGGGCUUUGUGAUUUUUCAAAAAAAAAAAAAUAUAUAUAUACAUAUAUAUAUAUAUAAACAUAUAUUUUUGGUGGCGUGUGUGUAUGCGUGUAAUAUUUUAAAAACAUUUUUCAAGCUGUAAAAACAAUGUCUAACGUGCGCCUGUCGAACGGGAGCCCGACCCUGGAGAGGAUGGACGCUACGAGGCUGUCGGAUCAACCCAAACCGUCGGCGUGCAGGACUCUGUUCGGUCCGGUGGAUCAUGAAGAGUUAAAGAGGGAGUUAACCGGCCACCUGAAGGCGAUAGAAGAGGCGGCAGUCGAGACCUGGGGCUUCAACUUUUCCACACACACACCGCGGCCCAAUGCCAGAUUCAUCUGGAAACUGGUGGACAGUAAGGACUUACCGAGUUUCUACAGCGCGUCUGAACAGCCCAGCAAAAGUGUGUGUCCGUCUGGGAAUAACGGGGUGGAUCUAAACGGGAACUGUGGACUAACAACAACAAACGAGGAGAAAGAGGACAGAUCUGAAAAACACACCGACAGAACAGACAAGAGAAAAAGACCUGCGUGUAUCGACUCGUCGUGUCCGAGUAAACGCACGCGCACCUGUUUAGAUGAAACUCCUCACACACCGAAGAAAUGCAGUCCGCCGAGACACACGUAAACACAGCGGAGAGCUGAAGAUGUUCUCUCCCUCCUGACGGCUUCAGUGCUUGGCAAACAAAAAAAUCCACGGAGUGAAGAAUGAAAUAAAAUAGCGGGGAGACUGGACAAGCACUGAAACAAACGUUCUGGCACUAAAAAUAAAAGAAAAAAAAAAGAAAGAAAUCAACUGCCUCAAAAGCAGUCUAUGUAGCAGUGUGCAAUUAGGUUUAAUCUCCUUUUUUGCUCAUUAUUAUUUUCUUACUACCUGUGUACAUAUUUUCUUUUCGUAUGUAGCACAUAAUACAUAUUACAUUGGGUUUGUUUUUUCUUUUCUUUUCAGUCUUGGACUAGGUGAAUUCCAAUUGACUUGAAGAGCUGCGAUUUAGGGGGUUCAAAAAAAAAAAAAAAAUAUUUUUUCCAAAAUGCUGUUCGCCGUUUUGUUUUUGUUCUUAAAGGCGGUGUACCCUCACUUUUACAAUGAUUUUACAGAUGUCUGUUUGUGUUCUUCUGUCACCUAAAUCCGUUGGAGUGUCCACACAUGCUCGAACAGCUGUGCACACCUACAGCACUCGGGUGAUACAUGGUACAUAAAUCGCCUGGUCACGUGUAGAUCGGUGUGGUUUCCAGCCUCUCUGUUUGCUCUCUUUGAAAGAAAGAAAACCUCAUCCAAACUACAUACUCUGUAGAUAAUGCAGAGCGCUAGCUGAAAUCUAAAUUAUUAUUCUGUGUAAUUUAUGUCUCUGAUUUUGAUUAGGACAGCUGACCGAUAAAGUUCAGUUAUAGACAAGGUCAAACCAUGUAGCAUCAACCAGUAUUAACACCAUGUGAGGCACUUGCUGAAAGACUAAAGUAUCCCUCACUUAUUCAUAAAUUAUUCUUUAAUGUUUCUUGGUGUUUUUUUUGUUUUGUUUUUUUUUUGAGUGAAAUCUUCUACUGAUGGUCUUUAGUUUUCCUGUUUCAUUUCACUCUGUUUGACUCCAGCACUCCCCCACAUUUAAUGUAAUGUCAGAAAUCUCUCUCAGCCGUAUGCACCUACACUCCCAUUUGAUUCUGUGGUUAAUUAUAACACGAUUUUAUUUAUAGAAAAAAAAAAACAUAAA